AUGCGUAAGGGGAGAAGUUAUGAGGAGUCGCGUGCCAUGGCUACAAACGCCAGCCAAAGAGGAGGAAAGGUGAAGGGUGAAGGUGAAUGGGAGUGUCGAGUGGCACCACUCUCAGUUCGAUUCACACCUCGACCUUUUCUCAGCUCCAGACAUCGGUCUCGUGCCCGUCGCCAAGGUUCCUCCGCACUUCUCGACCUUUCCUCACUUCCCCCAAAGGUCCCCUCCAACCUUCGUCACCACACCUUUGGCCAAACACAUCCACCUCCAAAUACACAACACACCACCGACAUCAUGGCCGAUGUCGAGAUGAAGGAUUCUUCGGCCAGUUCCUCCAAGGGCAAGGCCGCUGCCAAGAGCUCUGACAAUGAUGGAAAGAAAAAGUUUGAGGUGAAGAAGUGGAACGCCGUUGCCCUCUGGGCCUGGGACAUCGUAGUUGACAACUGCGCUAUCUGCCGUAACCACAUCAUGGAUCUGUGCAUCGAAUGUCAGGCUAACCAGGGCUCCUCCACCACCGAGGAGUGCACCGUUGCCUGGGGUAUCUGCAAUCACGCAUUCCACUUCCACUGCAUCUCACGAUGGUUGAAGACCCGCCAAGUCUGCCCCCUCGAUAACCGCGAUUGGGAGUUCCAAAAAUACGGACGUUAA